AUGCAGGCCAUCAAAUGUGUAGUUGUUGGUGACGGUGCUGUUGGGAAAACAUGUCUACUUAUCAGUUAUACAACUAAUGCUUUCCCUGGUGAAUACGUCCCCACUGUUUUUGACAACUAUUCAGCCAAUGUUAUGGUUGAUCAAAAGCCUGUAAAUCUUGGCCUAUGGGAUACUGCUGGUCAGGAGGAUUAUGAUCGACUGAGACCAUUGUCAUACCCACAGACGGAUGUGUUUUUGAUAUGCUUUUCUCUUGUCAGUCCCUCAUCAUUCGAUAAUGUUCGCAUUAAAUGGUACCCUGAAAUAUGUCAUUAUGCACCAAAUACACCCAUCAUACUUGUCGGGACAAAAAAGGAUCUACGAGACAACAGUGCCAGUUGCAAUGGACCCAAAAUGACACCAAUAACUUAUCAACAGGUGGGUUUGCUGUUUUGUUAAUUUUACUUAACGGUUCUAAAUAUGCUUAUUUGCAAAAUGUCUGAUCAAAAUGUAGUCAGUGACUCAGUGUAUUAAUGAUAGUGGGGUGGGUGUGGUUCCCAGGAAUACGUAAACUAAGUGACGCCAACAGUUUGAUUGGAUUGUUAGUGAAACCUUGUUCUGCUCUAUAUACUGUCCUAUUUAGCUUUUCCUCUUGUUACAGUUGACUGUUUUUGACUUGCACGUGAUUAAACUAAGUCGCCGAAAUAACUCGUUAAAACUUUCAUACAUUGAGUCUCUAUAGCGUAGCCAGUAGUACACAUUAUUUCCAUAUAUGUUUGCUUACUAAAUAUGUAGCUGUAUUCUCUCUCUCUCUCUCUAACGAAGCUUGUUAGCUGCUCCUUCCACCUUGUCAUAUUAGGUCUGGAUUCCUGUAUAGCUGUUUGCCUGCAAUAUGGUUGUGAAAUUACACGAAUUGGUUAUGAAGAAUAAGUUGUGCACUAAACUUUAUUCAGUGGAUGUUGUCUAGUGAAAAAAACAUGCGGAUGAGUGUGGCUUGUUGGCUUAAGCACUUGACUUUUAACCAGUAGGUUCGGGAUUUGGAUCCUGCUCCACGCAUUCCAACCUGCCCAGCUGGGUAGUGUCACCAGUGCUACACAAUAAGUGUGGCACAACCUGACAAAUCCCAAAUAAAUGGGGAUGUGUGCAACGACAUUUUGUUAGUGUCCACUACUUAAUUAAGUCCGAAUUAUGUAGAUGACUUCAUGUUUCAAUUGGUAAAUUUGGUUUCAUUAGCAACCCUGAAUGUGUUAUUUUGUAAUUCUUGUUGUCAAGUGUCCACUAUCUGCUUUCUUCCAAACAGCUAGAUUACUUGACUGAAAUCUAAAAUGAAUCCAGGCAUCAUGUUACCUGAGAUAUUUGUGGAGUUAACGCACUUUGCAGUGUCACCAAAAACAUAAUAUCGCGUCAGAUUUGUUUUUGUCUUGUUUUGCUCCAAACACAAUUUUGUAUUCGAAACUCAAUCUGGUUGAUUUUAUAGUAACACACUAACUGAGGUUACUAAAGCUGUCACCAAUCUGAAACUAGGCAAAGCAGCGGGACCUGAUGGAAUGACUCCAGAGGUAUUUAAGUACGGUGGAGACAGCUUACUGUCCGGAUUAACUGAGGUACUAGGCAACGUCUGGGAAUCAGAAGAAGUCCCAUCGGGUUGGUGUAAGUCACUGAUUAUCCCCAUAUACAAGAAGGGAGACAAGUCUUCCUGUGAUAAUCACAGAGGGAUUAGCUUGCCUAAUAUAGUAUCUAAAGUCCUAGGUUCAAUAAUCAUGCAUAGACUGAGUGGUGCUCGGGAGGCACAGACACGAGAGAGCCAGGCAGGCUUUAGACCAGGAAGAGGGUGUAUUGAUCAUAUCUUCACCCUCCGACAGAUUCUAGAACAUAGGCAUUCCUACCGGCGUCCAACAGUUAUUAUAUUUCUUGACCUAAAGGCAGCAUUCGACUCUGUCGAUAGAGAAGUUCUCUGGAGAUGCUUGGCUGUAAAGGGAAUUCCGAGAAAAUAUAUUGCACUGAUUAAGGCACUCUACUCGUACUCAUACAGCCAGGUGAGGGCUUACGGCGAGCUGUCAUCUGAACUGAUGACGACCAGUGGUGUCCGUCAAGGAUGCCCAUUAUCUCCUUUUCUAUUCAACUUCAUCAUAGAUGUGUUAAUGGACUUAACCCUAGGUGACUUCAGCGACUCAGGGAUUGACUUGCUACCGGGGAAUAAUCUCGUUGACUUGGAAUAUGCAGACGAUAUAGUCCUUCUAGGCGAAGACGCUGACGAAAUGCAGAGUCUUCUAAACACCU